GGGGCGAGGCUUGUCUAGUGACGUUUCUGGGGUAAACAAACCAGACGUUUAAACCCUCAGCUGUCAGCGCUGCUUUCGAAUAACAGGUGUUUAAUAAAGGUUUGGGGUGGCCGAGCAAUGCAGAAUGUCUGUAGAAGGAGCAGCAGCGCCGUCUGCAGGCCAGAAGCUGACCCGGUGGUGUUGCUCCGGGCUUCAGGAUCCGCUCCAGAUUGAGCGGGAUUUCUCUGAGGCUCUUCCUGCAGAGAUGAGCGUGAGGAUCUUCGGUGAGCUGGACGUCAGGAGUUUGUGUCGAGCUUCGGUCACCUGUAAACACUGGAAUGACAUCAUCGAGGGGAGCGAUCACCUGUGGAGGAGCCACUGCCUCACAGGGCUGGCGGUUUGCCGGAGGGAGGUGAACGGGGACCGGCUGGAUGGGUGUUCGUGGAAGAAAGGGAAUUCAACUGUGAACUUACAAUGUCACUCUCGUGCGUAACUACAGGAAAGGCUGUGUGAAGAGGAGGUGGCUGAAGGGCCGAUACAGCAACAUCCGCUCCGCUGACGAGCUUCCAGCCAACAGCAUGUGUCCUCUAGAUGUGGAGACCUGGGGGGAGAUACUGGAGGCAGAGCUGGAGAGAUAGAGAAAUCAGAAAUCUACAGACUCUAAUAUAUCACCACUGGAGCACUUGAUGCAUCCUGGGAAAAUGGUUUUAAGGGAUGUUCCACAAUCAGUGUUGCGAAAAAAAAAAAAAACAAGCACAAAGACUGGCAAUCAAAACAUGAUGAUGAUGAUGAUGAUGAGGAUCAUGUGGCAAAUUUGAGUUGUAUUAGCUAGCUUGAGACUUUGUGAGGUUUUUUAGGUUUCAUUUGAUGCAAUCAUUUUAUUGAUAGAAGCUCUUUUUUAUGGAUCAACUAAAUUGUGCUCUUAUUUUAUUUUAUUUUGUUUUAUUUUAUUUUAUUUUAUUUUAUUUUAUUUUUAUUUUUUCAGAGUAACUGCCAAAAGUGAUUUGCCUUUAACCUUGCAGCUGUUAUUUUAUGAAAGCUAAUAUAUUAUUUAAAAUCAUAUCUGAUGCAUACUUAAAAAUUUUUUGUUUCAACUACUUAUUUAAAAUGAGCUGAAUCUACUAAAUUCUUGAGUUUUGGGAGGACAACAUUAUUGUUUUAUGUUCAAUCCACUUAAAUUUGUACAAAAAAAAAUUAUGAACAUAAAGGAAUAGUGUGAAAGCCAGCAUUAGAGUGCAUCGUACUCUCGUUUAACUCCUCCAGUCUGCUUUGCCGCUAUAUAAUCACUUUACAUAUUGUUAUUAAAAUAUUUGCCAUGUAAAUAUUUUUAUUUCAGACAUUGAAAUACAAUGAGAAGUCUGUAUAUUGGGAAAUGAGAGGAAUGUUUGAUUUUAAAAACAACAUUUAGCCAAUCAACAGCAUUUUUUAUGCCAUUUCCAACAAAAGUUCAUUUGUGAAGUU